AUGCCUACACAAGCUCGCUGUGAUCGGGUGCCUCCUCCUCAUGCCAAGUGGGACGCUCUGGACCUGAGGGUACUGCAGGAAGAUGAUCUGCCACUUGAUUUGUAA